AAAACAACCUGGAAACUUGGACACUCCCACUUUCUUGUGCUGGAUAAGUUUCUGUUUCCUGAGAAAUGAACACAUGCUGAAGGAAGCCAUCUGUGAGACGGUUCACUUGCUGAGCACUCGGCACUCUGGUACACCCCGGACCUGCAUCUGCGUGCUUUAACUGUGUCAAAGGAACCACCAACAAUUUCAUAGCAAAUCAUUAAAAGAGGACAUCAUGACCAAACCACAGACUCUAAAUGAACUGGGAGACUUGAAGGAGGUUGGAUUUGGUAAACCUUCUCCAAGACAUGGCCUCAAACUGCUUCACUGGUUUGCUAACAACUGUCUGUAUUUCGAUAACAACAACCAGAUGUGCUGGCGCUACAAUCCGGAAGAAGGAUAUUUUGGUUUCAAAUUUUUUAGAAACAAGACUGGACUUCUGCCUUAUUCAAACCUCAAGUACUACGAGAUGGGCAAUCUGAGAGAAGCAGAAGACCUGCCAGAUUACGUUCGGGAUGAUUAUAUUCAAAACCGUAAUGAUUGUGACAGCAACAAAGAUAGAAUCAUUGUUAGCGUUAAGAAUAAGUGGCUCGACAGAGUCUAUGUGACUGAGCACAACAGCUAUAAGAAUGAUUUCAACAAGAACGCCACCUACUUCAUCAGCAGAGGCCUCAUUACGAAGAUCAGACGACUGACCUUACAAGACUUUCUCUUAACAACUGGGUAUUGGAGAAAGCAAGAGAUUUAUGUUCAGAGAAAUGAACAUACAAUAGUGGACAUGAACUAUGAACAGAAUACUGGGAAUAAGAGGGUGAUAGAGGAUGACAAGCAAUAUGGUUAUAAAGAAUCUAAAAGCCCAUGUAGUUGUACCAUACUUUAAACUCUGGAUGGAAAUGACAAAUGAGAUUUCCGUUAGAAAUCUACAACAGUUAUUUUCACUACUUACACAAACCCUUCAUAUUAAUAUUUCAUAUUCCACCAAGGUGGUGGAAUGAACUUCCCCUAGAUGUCCGUACAGCGGAGUCCCUGACUAUCUUCAAGCGACGACUGAAGACCUUCCUCUUCCUGAAACACUUAAA